AUGAAUCUUGCUCUGACUGAUCCGUUCAUCCUCGCUCAGGACUACCCAGAAGCGCUCACGGGCAAGCUCAGAUCUGGGCAUGCAACGUGUCUCAGAUUCAAUCGUAGAGGAGACUUUCUUGCUUCAGGCCGGGUGGAUGGAACUAUCGUGAUUUUCGACAUUGAAACCAGUGGAGUGGCUCGCAAGCUUCGUGGUCAUACACGCCAAAUCCAGUCACUGAGUUGGUCACGCGAUGGCCGUCAUCUCCUCAGCUCCUCGCAGGAUUCGAAAUGCAUACUUUGGGAUCUCAGUGAUGGUACGAGAGUUCGGAUUGUUCGCUUUGAGGCACCAGUGUACAUUGCCGAACUACAUCCAUACAAUCAUUUGCUCUUCGUUGCCUCUCUGUUUGAAGACCAGCCGAUGCUAGUUGACAUAUCCGGUACGGUGCCCGUUAAGCGCCAGCUACCAACCGCCCCAAGAAGACUUCGUAUGGAAGGAGAAGAUAUCAACGAAAAGCAAGCAGCACAAGAUGCGAAGCAAUCAACCUGUGUUACCAUCUUCACAUCUCUAGGUAACCAUAUCAUUGCCGGCACCAGCAAAGGGUGGUUAAACAUCAUAGAGACACAAACUUGCGCGAUUAUACAUUCAACUCGACUAUGCGCAGGUGUGGUCAUUUUUCUCCGCCUUACGGCAUCUGGACGCCACAUGGUUUGCAACGCUAGCGACCGAGUAAUCCGGACCAUUCACGUACCAGAUCUAUCAAAGAUUGACCUAGAUAUUGAUGACAUCAGUGUCGAAGUAGAGCACAAAUUCCAGGAUGUGGUCAAUAGGUUAUCUUGGAAUCACGUCGCAUUUAGCUCAACAGGAGAGUAUGUUUGUGCCACUACCUACAUGAAUCACGAUAUCUACGUAUGGGAAAGGGGUCAUGGCAGCCUGGUCAAGAUCUUGGAGGGCCCAAAAGAAGAGCUUGGAGUAGUAGAGUGGCAUCCACAUCGACCGUUCGUUUCUGCUUGCGGCCUCGAGACAGGACGGGUUUAUCUGUGGUCCAUCGUCACCCCGCAGCGUUGGUCAGCGCUUGCACCAGACUUUGCCGAGGUCGAGGAAAACGUUGAAUACAUUGAGCGUGAAGACGAAUUCGACAUUCAUCCGAUCGAAGAAAUUCACAAGCGUCGAUUAGAUCUUGAGGAUGAAGCUGUAGACGUCCUAACAAUCGAGCCUGCCAAGAGUGAGUUUGAAGAGGAGUCAUUCAGCAUGCCAGUCUUGCUGGAUGUUGGCGACAGCGAAAGCGAAGAGGAGAUUGUUGCUGUUGGCCCAGGCACAAUGAGGCGUAAAAGCCCUGGUGAGGGUAGGGAAUGGAUGAACGGUGCAGAAAGUGGUGAGAGUGGCGAAGACCAAGGGACCGCCAAGCGUUCAGCUACAAACGGGACCAAAAAGUCUCAACCCAAAAUGCGAAAGCGUUAA